CAUGUACAAGUGUUCCAUCCCCAUAGUCCGAUCAUCCGCUGACGUAAACAUUCUAUCAUGUGAUAAUCACGAGAGUCAAUUUUGCAAGUCGCGUUUUUUGGAACACUUCUGACUAAACUGAACACUUCGAGUUUUUUGCAGCACACACGAGGCGAGUCCCGUUUUUGCUUACUUUUUGAACGAGAAGCCGUUGUGCGCACACCCCCCCGUUUUCGCGUCGAUUUUUUAACCUGCAGAGCUGGAGAGGACGAGUUCUUUUCGGACCUCUUUUUUCGCCUUGUACGGCGAGGAUACAAAGAAUAACGACCAGCGGAUUGCGAGCGACGAGUUCAGGGAUCCCUGCAUGGUUUAUUGUUAACCAUGACGUGGGUGUGAACAGCAAGCGCACGACCGAGCACCGCCCGCCAACGGGUAUCUUUUUUCCCCCACCACACAACACGCCAAUACCUGCAGACUGUGGUGAAGCAGCUAUUGGCGCGCACUGCUGAACGACCUUAUAUUUCACCUACCAUUGCACUUGUACACACACACACACGCACUUGUCAAAAAACUGAAAGAAGCUAGAUAGCCACUUAGAAAAAAAGAAAACAACCAUGUCAGCAAAACAACGUAUACCACCACACCUUGUCUUCGCGUACCUUGUCUUGGUGCCCUUGAUCCUCCUCGUUCUCGUCAGCCCUCGGGUGAACGCACAGGGCCCAGCAGGUGGAGCGCCAACCAACAACACCAAUAACAAUUCAACAUCAAAACCGUCGAUCCCCAGUGGCCCUCUCGCAACGCUCGAGCCACCACCAGGAAAACGUCUCUUUGGCGCCUGGCUCAACACAACCGGCGACACACCCGCUCUUUUCAAUUCACAUCUCGGAAGGAACGCAUCCGUGUUCCUUUUUACACUCUACAUACCCCCGGAAGAUUAUGCAACCAAAUCCCCUGCAAAUCAUUUGGAAUUGAUCGAUCAGACGGCGUCGGAUGCUAUAGUGCACUUGAGUGUAUUCCCGCGGAAGGGCUUAGAUUCGCAAAAUUUAAGACCAGAGGAUUUGCAGAUGGUGGUUAAUAUCUGCAAAGGGCUUAAUAGGAGAGGACGGGGUGUUUUAUUGAGAUUUGCACCAGGAAUGAAUGUUCCUUGGGUUCCAUGGGGUCAACAACCCAUCCUCUUCAUCAACACUUGGAGGGACCUUGGUCAGAAACUUCGUAGUACACCAGAAGCGAACCAGACUGCUCUUGUAUGGGCACCGUGGGACGGAAACGGAUAUCCGUGGGCCGGUGACGACUACUCUGUAAAACGAGGGACUGCUGAUUACGAUGCACUUGACACCUCCAAAGACGGCAACGUCACGGCACUGGACAAUCCAUAUUCACCAUAUUACCCAGGCGAUGAAUGGGUAGACUGGGUUGGAUUGUCCAUCUACCACAAGGGCGCGCGCUACCCCUGGGUCGUAAACUCUAUUCCCACAGCAACAUCCAUAGAAGACGCCCUACAGGGCAAACUUCUCCCUUCAUUUGUCGAUUUUUACAACGCAUACGGCCGAGAAAAGAACAAACCUGUCAUGCUCGCUGAGACUGGUGCCGUCUAUCACUUCAACGCCACGACCGGCGCAUCAACGUCUCCAGGUGCUCCCACCGAACUGGCCACAAAACAAGCUUGGUGGCAGCAAUACAUGAGCAAACUUUUUUUGGAUACCUUUCCCAAAGUGAAGAUGGUUUGUCUGUAUGAAGCUGUGGAGGUGGGAAAAGGACAGGAGGCUGGGACAUUGCUGGAUUAUCGAGUUUUGAACUCAACGAGGGAAGCCUUUCUGGCCGAUUUGACCAAUGCCGUCGAUUCUUUUCAGUGGGCAAACUACACAGGGUUCCGCACGACGUAUGUCCCCAAUGACGCCAAAGAUGAUGGCGGGAUGGGAAAAUCUACGGGAGAUGGAGGCGGGAACGGCGAUCUGACCAGACUCGCCAUUGCUGGUAUGGUGUUACUACCCAUUAUGACGGUCGGGUUAUGGGUCGGUUGCGCUGUCUUUAGAUUCCGACAACGGAAAGCCGCCCGGGAACGUGCGGAGGCGGAGGCAGCCAAUCCAUUACCCGAAACGGCGAGUGAGAAAGGAUCUGAUGGCGAUGGUGAUGUCGAAAGUGUUGAUGACGGUGCGACGAUUGUAAAUGUUCGCAUUGGGAAUCCCUCGGAUCUACCUGAAAUGACUAGCGUCCGUGAUAGCGAGGACGAGGUGUGGAUAGAUGGAGGAGAUGACAGCAGCGUGGAUGAGAUGUCUAUUGUUGUGGAUGGGUCCGGGAGGGUAUUGGACGAGAGACUUUCAUAGUGUGUGCAUUUGUUUGAUAUGCUUUAUAUUUUGUAUUAUUGAUGGGAAAAGUGUUACAACUAAUAGGAGAUCCAUUUGUACAGUCCA